GAGAGCAGAACUGAUCGGGUCAGAACCAGACCAGUCUCACCCCUGCUGCUCAGUGUCCCAGUGUGUCUCAGCGACGGCACCACUGAUCGGGUCAGAACCAGACCAGUCUCACCCCUGGUGUACUGUGUCCCAGUGUGUCUCAGAGACGGCACCACUGAUCGGGUCAGAACCCCUGCUGUCAGUGCUUUCAAGAGCCUAGUGAAGCCUGCGGGUCUGGAGGUGGACUGCACUGUCACACAGCUUUAUAAAGAGCUGGGCAGGACUGCUGGACUCGACUAAUUGGACUUUACGGUUUGACGUUUCCUCAGACUGUUUGUAGGUAAAUUGAAAGCUUCCGAACUGAGAACACCUCGGAGAGGAGUGGUGAGUGAACCCGGGGCUUCGUGAGUCAGCUGGAGCAGGAGCUGGCCGAGGCUGGGGCCAGGGGAAGCUCUGAUCUCUAAACUCUGCCUGGUGAUGGAGGGGCGGGCUUGUCCCCAAACUGUCGGCGCUGCUGGGACAGCGGACUGAUGCUGCGCGUCUUCUGUGAGGGAGACGCUGUCGAAAUCUGAAUUUCUCUCUCCCAGCGGACAGGGAUCACAGGCAGGAUGUGCAGGCUCGAGCUCGCCCCCCUGUGGCGGAAGACCGCCCUGCAGGAAUGCCUCGCCGCCGCAGGAACCUCAACGCCCGAGUGACAGCACAGCGGCGUGCUCAGCGAGACGCGCCUGACCUGGAGGACAGCAACGGGGAGGAGCAGGACCUGGAGGAGCAUCCUCAGCUCCUGGGUGCGGAGAAGGUGGGGGCGAAGAAGCAGAGGAAGCUGGAGGAGAAGCAGGCCAGGAGAGCGCAGAGAGAGGCUGAACUGGAGGACCGGGAGGAGCGGAAACGAACCCAGCAGCUGAGAGAGGAAGAGAGGAGGAGGGAGGAGGAGAGAGAGAGACUGGAGGAGCAGAGGAAGGCGGAGGAGGAGCAGCGAACGCGGGAGGAACAGGAGCGUCGGGAACAUGAGGAGUACCUGAAGCUGAAGGAGACCUUCACCGUGGAGGAGCAGGGCCUGACAGAUACGCUCACUGAGCAGGAGACUCAUAGCCUGCUGCAGGAGUUUAUCGAGUACAUCAAGAAUGCAAAGGUGGUUUUGUUGGAAGACCUGGCCUCUCAUUUUGGGAUGCGCACACAGGAUGCCAUCUCCAGGCUACAGGACCUUAUUGCAGACGGCUCUCUAACAGGGGUGAUAGAUGACCGAGGGAAGUUUAUCUACAUCACGCCAGCAGAGCUGUCGGCAGUGGCUCGGUUCAUCAAGCAGCGCGGGCGUGUGUCCAUCGCGGAGCUUGCCCAGGCCAGCAACUCCCUCAUCAGGCUCGCGCCCGAGACCCCCCUCACAGCCUGAGGCCCCCUGUCGGAGCCAGCGGCGGUCCCCACCAGACUGCUUCCAUGUUCUGUGCUAAUGUGUGUUUCAAUAAAUGCAGAAUAUUUAUCUUUUCUCAGA